ACAGCUUAAAAUAUUUUUUUCUUAGGCUUAAAUAAUGAAUUUAAGGCAUGUGCAGAUUUUAGCUGUGGAGAUCUUAGUACCCAUCACUAUUUGCUAAAACGUAAAGAAAACACAUAUUUCAAAUGUAUAGUUUUAUCAGAAAACAAAAGCAGGCUACAAAGGGGAGGGAGAGGGAAGACUGGAAGACAGGAAUGAAGGCAGGGCUUGGGGCUCGUAGAGCCUAGUCUUAGUCUCCACGUCUGCAUACACCUGCUGGGCCUCAGCGACUCUAUAGCCAGUUUUAAGUUCUUGAGGCGCACGCCCCUCUAAGGAAAGAAAGCUCUUUACAUGGAGAGCGGUGAGCUUAGAGGAGUCCUCGUUUCACGUUGUGACUUUCCACCACUUAACAGGCGCACAGUUACUAAACCCCGGCCCUUUGGAGUGCUGGUGAGCGGCUGCGGGCGUUUGACUCCGAUUGGGGGCAGGACGGCCGGAAGUCCCGCCCCUCGGAAGUGCUCCCGCCCUCUCGGCGGGAAACGGUCCGGCGUCAAACUAGGCACGCGUGGAGGGAGAAAGGGCGAAACCCAACGCGCUGCGUCUUAAGGGUAAAGGCCACAGCCUCCACUCUGCGCCUUCGGGCCCUGCCUCAUCCCCUCCUGGGAAGCCGCCGGUCGCCUCCUGUGGAAUGUCUGGGGAGUUGGAGAACCCUGGACUAAGAGGGAAAGGCCCGAGGGACCACCUAUGCUCUUCAAAAGGAGUUUCCUCCAGCUAUUUAGAAGUGAAGACUGACCUGAACUUAUUAUUGGAGUGUCUGAAGUAUCAAAUGGACAAUGCUUUUUCACAAAAGGAAGCUUUGGUUACCAUUCAUUCAAUUUGCCAACAAAACAGUAAUGCAGGUCUUUAUUUUCGGGAAAUUGGUGGUUUGAUGUUUGUGAAAAAUCUUGCAAAGUCAAGUGAACAUAGUAUGGUAAAAGAAGCAGCCUUAUAUACAUUAGGAGCUGUUGCAGAGCAAAAUGUUUACUGUCAGCAGACUUUGUGUACUUCAGAAUUGUUUGAAGACUUAACUUGGUUCUUAUCUAACAGUGAUUCAAACACAAAUUUGAAAAGAAUGUCUGUUUAUGUUAUUUUGGUUCUGGUUUCAAAUAACAGGACUGGACAGACACUUGUGAGAGAAACAGGUUGUAUUUCAGUUCUAUUACAGUUGUUCAAGACUGUUCUUUCAAAAUAUGAGUUGAAUUUGUCAGAUGAAAGUGCUUUUCAGAGUUAUCAGUUGUGGUCUUCAGUGUGUAGUACUCUGUGUGUCUGUGUCAACAAUCCUCAAAAUGAUGAAAAUCAAAUGCUUUGCUGCUCACUUUUUACACAUGCUAAUGACUGGCUGAUAAAUUGCAUGAAAGCUGAGAUAAUUCGCCCUAUUUGCUCAUUUAUUGGACUCACUCUUGCAAAUAACACUUAUGUUCAGAAAUACUUUAUAUCUGUGGGUGGACUGGAUGUAUUGUCUCAAGUUCUUGUGCAGCUGGAAUCUGAUUCACACAAGACUCCUUUCAGUGCUAAACUUGCAGUGGUGGUGACAAAGACAGUGGAUGCAUGCAUUGCUGAUAAUCCUACUUUUGGUGUUGUAUUAUCCAAGUACCACAUUGUUUCAAAACUUCUGGCAUUGCUGCUUCUUGACAGCCUGGAUUCAGGAGAAAAAUUUAGUGUCAUACUUACUCUUGGUCAUUGUACAGAGGAUUGUGAGGAAAAUCAGUAUGACUUUUUUAAAAACAAUGGCCUUCCACUCAUGAUACAAGCCUUAACUGAAUCUCAGAGUGAGGAACUAAACAAAGCUGCCACUUUCGUGCUUCACAACUGCAAAAAAAUUACUGAGAAGUUAUCUCUAAGUCUAGGAGAAUAUUCUUUUGAUAAAAAUGAAGAGCAUUUAAAGGACAUAAAUAUGAAAGAGAAGAAUCUUGAAGAUUACUGGAAGAAAGCAAAGGAAAUUUUACACAGAAUAGAAGAACUUGAAACAGAAGGAAAUGAGGAAAAUAUAAAAGGAGAGAAUUAUAAGAAUAAUGUUUCAUCUGUGAACAUAAAUAUUCAAGAUACACUGAAACACCUCCAUGCAGAUAGCAGCGGUGGUGUUCCCAAAGCAGAGGAUAAAGAUAAAAGCCAGGCUAGAAAGCUACAUGGUUCUAAGUCCCAUAAAGUCAUGUCUAAAGCAUGUACAAAUGAUGAUCAAGUGAAGAUGGUGUUACGGAGUGCAAAUCCAGUUAAUGCUUGUUAUAGGGAGAGUGGGAAAAAUAAGACUUUAUGUACAGCCAAUUCAAGCUGCAAACAAAACCUAUGUGAAGAAACAACUUCUGAAAAAAAGAACUUUGUUUCUCAGUCAAGAGACCAUAUUUUUAAACACCCAACUCCUAUUGCCCAAAACACAAAGCAACACUUACCAGUAACAGAUCCAUUUACAUUAUGUUCAGAUAUAAUAAAUAAAGAAGUCAUCAGUUUUCUAGAAACAGACAGUUGUUCCAAAAUGUUGAGGUAUAGAUGCUCAGGUUGCAUAGCAGUAGGAAAAUCCCUGAAUAGUCGAAAUUUUAGCAAGCUCUUGCACUGUUGCCCAUACCAAUGUGAUCGUCACAAAGUCAUUGUGGAAGCUGAAGACAGAUAUAAAAGUGAACUAAGGAAAUCACUUAUCUGUAACAAAAAAAUUCUGCUGACCCCACGUAGAAGACGUCAACUCAGUAGUGAAUCUACUACCCCUGGAAGAAUAAAGAAAAGAAGAAUUCGUAAAAACUUUACCAAAGAAGAAAUAAACUACCUUUUCAAUGGAGUUAAAAAAAUGGGAAAUCACUGGAAUUUAAUUUUGUGGUCUUUCCCCUUUCAGCAAGGACGGAAGGCUGUGGACCUUGCUCACAAAUACCACAGGCUGACCAAAUGCCCCAAGCAUGUGGCUCCUUGAUUGGAAGAAGACUUGUCAGUUUUUAGUUUGACACCUUGAAAAAGUGUGUUAAAAAUACAAAAUUUAAAAUAUUCUUAGACACUCUGAUGAGACAGGAAAUGUGGCAAUGGGGAUACUGUUUUAAUUAUUUUUUGUGAUGCUGUAGCUCAUCAGACUAUUAAAAUAACUUACAAGGA